UUACCUUGUAUCCACGUGUAAGUCAAAACAACCGAGGAAAUGCGGAUUUCAUCAACACUCUCAAUGCUCUGAUUUCCUGGGAUAUGUUAUUAUUAUGGACCGUAAAGAAGUGGGCGUUGCAGUUUCCAUCGGUGUGGGCCUCGGUUUUGUUCUGGGGUGGCUCAUGAGAGGGCGAUCUUUGAAAAGAAUACCUUACUCGGCCUCUGGAGCUGCUGGAGUGAAAAACUCGGAUGUGGAUCUCACAGAUUCUGGCCCGAAGCUGUCCGACAAUGGAGAGUACAAACUGGUACUGGUUAUGCGUCAAGACCUCAAGAUGGGUAAAGGAAAGAUGGCUGCACAGUGCUGUCAUGCUGCUGUCCAUGCCUCCGAGUUUUUGGCUAGAAAUAACCCUGAACUGUUCAACAAAUGGAAGAUGAAUGGUCAGCCCAAGGUAGUGGUCAAGGCAGACUCAGAACAAGUGCUUAUUGAUUUGUCAAAGAAAGCCCGGUCCUUGGGAUUAAAUGCAAGUCUGAUACGAGAUGCAGGUCGCACUCAAAUAGCUCCAGGAUCCAAAACUGUGCUUGGUGUGGGACCAGGUAAAAACCCAUUAAAAGUUGUGCUCAUUACAUAUAUAUUUCCAUUUAUAACUGAUCAGACUUAUUCCAUAGUUAAUAUUUAUCUAAACAAUUCAUAAGAAAAUGAUAUAAAUUUGUAUAUUUGCAGGUCCUGAGAAUUUAGUUAAUGAAGUGACAGGACAUUUAAAACUAUGCUGACACUUAUCAGUGCUAGGACUAUACUGUAUAUAUUAUGUUUUUGUUGAUAUAAAAAAAAUCCAAAUAAGAAAA